GACUGAGCGUGGGCCUGCAUGGGUUUCAUGUACACGAGUUUGGUGUUGAUGGUGCUAGUGGAAAGUGCCUUGAUGCCAAGGCUCACUACAACCCAGAAGGCUACAACCACUCCGCCCCUAAUGCCACUAAACGUCAUGUGGGUGACCUAGGCAACAUUGAGAGUGUCUUUGACUCUUCCCAAGAUGGCAACACUCUUAAUGGACUUUCUGGGAUUGCUUAUGUUGACAUCAAAGACCAUAUGAUCAGCCUGUGGGGAAAACAUUCGAUAGUGGGCCGGGCCAUAGUGGUCCACGAGGGUAAGGACGACCUGGGACUGGGCGGCACAGAGGUCUCCCUCAAGACUGGUGAUGCUGGUGGUAGGCUGGCCUGCUGCACUAUCUUCAUUGUACCCAGCGCUUCCACUUAGACAACCACACUAAAUUAAACCAAGAUGGCUGACUCUAUUCAUCCAUAUUCGUGGUUGGUUUUUAGAAGAUCCCUGUUAAAUGGGUGGUUUCAGUACCUGAGGUGAUUUUAUUUUUUGAUAUAUAGAUACCAUAGAUAAUUUAAUAUAUAAGUGUUUAGUAAAUUCCAUUGUAUACAAAUCUUAGAGGAAAAUUUUGAGAAAUCUUUCCAUAGUGAAGAAGUGUAAAAAAUAUCAGAAGUACAUUCUUUAUAUGAAAGGGGAAAAAAAAAUCUAGUCCCGCCACCCAGGAUUUGUGGUUCAACUUUUCCCUAACAGGUUUUAAGGAAUGGAUCUCAGUAAGUAAUUAAGAAUUUGGGAUAUACCAAAGUAUUGGUAUUGGCAGAUUUUGACGGUAUCUGUAUUGGUCUAAAAUUGAGUACCGGCAUAGGUGGAUAUUGAUUAAUUUUGAUGGUAUUGGUAUUGAUGUAAAAUUGAAUAUCAGUACAAGCAAAAAUUUUGGUAUCGUCCCAUCCCUAAGAAUAUGUGUAAACAAAUGUCUAUGAGCUAACUAAUGGUGAUUAAGACACUUUUAGCACAGAAAUCUUUGAUUAAUUUUACAUUUUACCCACUUGGGGCUUUAUCAAGUACACGAAAUGCCCAGAAACAGUGGUAUGUACACCCAAAUGGUGCCUAAACAUUUGUAGCAGUUUUGGAAACUUGUAGUUGUUCACUAUAUUGUACAUUGUACCUGCCAUGCAGAUAAAAAAAUAAUCAACAACACAGUCACUAGUAUGUACAAUAUUGAUGAUGGUUUAAACUUCACUAGUUGUAAAUUGCUCUAUUAAGAUGUUAGCCUUUUAGAUCAAAAUAAUGCACAUCCAUAGUAUUGUUUACUGUGUUUUAUCACAAACUUUUUAAAUAAUAAAUCUGUAAGUACAUUGUAUUUAAGUUUAUAUUUAAUAUGUUUGCUAAAGAAAGUUGAGAUGAGACUGAACUCCUGAUUCUAAUAAUUGUAUCAUAAUUUUGUGUACAGUAGACACCCACCUUUCAUGCAGGUUAUGUUCCAGUUAAAUGGAGCUAAAUGUGAAAACACAAUAGGUGGAAUGAACAGUUUAUUGGAAAAAUUGUGCUACAUUCCAUCCCACCUCUAAAAAAAAGUCAGAGCAUUUCUUUUAAAUUCACAAUUCACCUGAAAUAACAAACUAAGUAGUGUACACAUAAUUUAAAAGACACAUGUUAUGUGCACAUUAAUGCACAGUGUUAGUGUGAUACAAGAUGAUUUAACCUGGCAAACUUAAUAAAGUCAAGCAAUGUAAAUACAAGAUUACAGUACUGAUUGUAAAUUCGGGAGAUUGAUUCUUAAGUGGCUUUAUGUUAGUGGAGAGGGUUGGGGUGGUCCCGCUGGGUCACAUGAGGUGAAGGCUGGGGUUCAUGGGCUGAAGUGGAUGGCUGGGAUUCUUGGGUUGAAGUGGACGAUUAAGAUUCAUAGGCCCUCAAGUAUUCUACCAUGCGUCUCUAUUGCUUGGUCCAGAAUCAGCUUUGGAACGGUGUUUCCAGAUGUGCCAGGGUUUUCUUCAGUGAAAAAACCCUGCAAUCUUAGCAGCAGCAUCGAACUGCUCACAUAGCUAUUGCAGUGUAAAGUGUCUAAUUAACUGCAGGCUCAUUUUCCUCAUCUUUUAUCGUCUGAUUUCCUUCUGUCGGGGAAGUGAGCUCUGCCAACAUUUCUAAUGGGCAUCUUUCUUUCUCAUCUUCUGGGAGUUUAUCGAUGUCUUUUGGCUGCAUGCUUGAAAGCACUCGCCUAGCAGUCUGCUUGCCAGAUCAUCAAAUUCCUGGACUUGACUCUCAGCUGAAGGAAAACCAAAGAAAUUAUUCAGCAUACCAGGUCAUACCUUUGUUCAGCAUGCAUUUAUUGUUGAUUUGGGCACAUUAUCCCAAACCAAGGCAGCUGGUGGUGGUGUGGGUGUAAACAAAGCUAAGUCUACCAUGAAACAAAGAGGCCCGAGCCUCCUGAGAGGGAAAUUGUCCCACCUAUGCUGCUGCAGUGGCUGGCCAUGUUAAAGCACAAGGUAGAAAAAUGUUGAGCUGCAAUGAAGGUGGGGAACCUUUAGAGCAAAAAGAGGAAAGAGACGUAAAGAAUGAAUCAUGAACAGACAGAAACACAGUAGGUGGAGGCAUGAAAGGUGGUGGUGGUUUACUGUAUUUGGUUAUAUUUUUUUACCAUCUGCAGUUCAUAAGUGUUAAGUAAAUUAACUUUAAAAAAAUCCAUUUGUAAUGUAACUUCAUCAUUAAUUUUAUUUUUGUAUAUACAUAGUGUGUGAAACUACUUUGUGUAAAUUUGAGCAUGUUCUAACAUAAUACAUGUAUAAUUAGUUAUUUAAAGGUAAUGUAUAUCGGCCCAAUUGCCUUCUCUCAGGAUAAGUCACAGCUGUACCUCAGAAAAUAUUUGUUUUAUGUAUUGUUGGAGCAGAAGACAAAUUUUGAUGAGAUACAACAAAGGGAUCAACAUUCUAUGGCAGUACUGUAUGAAAUCUAGGGUUGAUAAUUCCUUGGGAAAUAUCAGCAUUAGUAUGUAUCUAGAUAGAAUCACUUAAUAAGAAAAAUAUAUGAUAAAGUAUAAUGUACAUAUACACCAUAAAAAAUUUAACACCAUCUAUUCAUCUAGGAUGGAAGGUUAUUGUGAAAGGUGUAAUAGGAAAGUUUGGAGUGUGAGGUUUAAAUAACAAUUUGGAACUUUUAAAUUAACAGUAUGCAUGAAAUGGGGGUUUGAUAAUAAGAGACAUAUUUCAAGAAAAAAAAAAAACAGAUGCAAAAGUACAGUAUUCAGCAUACGAUAUGUGUGCAAUGAGAACAUUCUGCUAGACGCUGUCAGUUGAUUAAAGGUUGAGACUUAAGGAGCGACACAAGUGAUCAUGAUUAAAUUAAUGGUUGAUAAAGAGACUGGAAAUCUGAGAACCAGGGAAAGGGGUGUCAGCAGGUAAAAAGAAAAUGAAAUUUAAUUCAGUAAAAUAUGGUUUGUGAAAGAUUUAAGGAACUGUUGGAAGACAACUUAGGGUAAGAGAAAUUGAUGAAGUUGAAGUAAUGUGGAGCUGAUUAUGAAUUCAGUGUGUGGGGUUGUGCUUGCUUGUGUGUGUGUGCAGCAGAGGAUUGUGGUCAUGGAAGGACAUGUUCAGGAGGGAAGAGAAAUAAUAAAAUUACGUGAAAAUAGUGGUAAGGAAUAAAAAGUUAGUUUUUAAAGUUUUUCAUGUAAAAGUUAUUUAUGGAAGAUAGAGUAUAUACAGAUAAAAAAAAAAACAGCAAAUGAAAGACUGGGUAAUUCCUUAACUUUCAUAUUGUCGGUAUUUUAUACCUUUCUUGCACAGCAAAUUUCACCAAGAACGUAAAUGGUUUUCAAGAAAGAUGAAUAAGGUGAGGAAACCUCUGAGGAACAGAUGAAUUUCUCUAUUAAGAGUGAAAGUGGUGAGUUGCUGGACUAGAAGAUAAGUGUUAGAGAGAUGGAGAGAAUAUUUUUAUUUUGUUUUUUAAAGUACAUAUUGAAAUGGAGACAGAAAUUUCCUGCAGUGAGCUAGGAGGAAUUACAGUAGAUUUGUUAGGUGGGUAGAGCCAGAAGUGUGGUUGGAGGAAUUGGGCAUUGUCCUAAGUAGGUUGAAAGUGGUAAAAGCAGUGGUAAUAGAUGGAAUUAAGAUUGAAUUGCUGUAUCCUGAUUUGAAUGUUUUUUUAAUAUUUGAUACUUUGGUGUCCUGGUUAAAAAUCCAAACAAAUCUUAUCUUAAUCUUUUCUUAACAUGUACAGUUUGUAUAAAAGAUGUGCAGACACCUAAGAAUUAUAAAGGAGAAGGUCUGGUGAGUAUACCUGGUAAAGGGUAUAACAGAACAGUUAAAGAAGAAAUGAGUGUAAUUGUGUAUUGUGGAUUUAGGAAGGGAAGAAAAUGUGUGGAUCAAGUGUUUGCCCUGAAACAUACAAGUGAGCUUCGUUUAGUUAAGGGAAAGGAGCUGUUCACUGUAUAUUGGAAUUUAGAAAAGACACAUACGUAUUAGGGUCGACAGGGAAGCAAUGUGGCAAGUGUUGUAAAUGUAUGGAAUAGGUAGCAAAUUAUUAAAAUCUGUAGAAGAAAAUUGAAAAUGAGGCUUAGGUUAAAGUACAUAUAUAGUAGAGAAGGGGCUCAGUUUGAUGUUACACAAUUAUGUGGGAUGUCAUUGUUAUGGCUAAAUGUCUUUUUAGAUGAGAAUGUUAAAUAAUUUACUAAUGAAAGCUACAUGGAAUUUAAAAGAAUGGGUUCAAAGAUUAUAGAAUAUGCAAUCACUGAAUCCAGGAACAGAUUAAAAGUUCAUGCAAUAAUUUUCCUGGAGAGACACAAACAUGUCGUUCGAUAGGAUAUCUUUACACAGUGUGGUAACAUGUACAUGCGAGGACAGGAUUAUUGCACAGGACGCUGACCAUUUGACUCCAGUGCUGUGUAAAUUUUUCAACAUCUCUCUUUCCUUUCAUUAUGAUCCCAUUAAAACGGAUUGCCGUAGCAUUUCCAACAUUAAUCACAUUCUUCAGUUUUAUUUAUUCCUUUUAAAAUAUAUGACUGUAUUUUUAACUUUUAUGAAAUAGUUUAAUGUUAAUUUUAAGUGAGUGUAAUAUAUGUAAUUUAUAUUAAAGCUUUAUUAUUAUCAUUAUAUUUUAUGUACAGUUCUUGAUGUAUGCCGUGAAUAAAAUCUGUAUUAUCCA